GUUGAUUGUAAUUCCUCCCUCGGGGUUAAUUUUGUUUUGUUUUAUCAUCGAAAUUCUUGUAAUUGUUUUACAAUUCACAUAGUUAACCGAGUGAAUUUAGAAACUGUUAAUGAACAUCAAUUGUUUAAUCUACUGUUUGUUUCUGUAUUUGUGACUUUAAACUUGUAACCUUUUUGUUUUAAUUUUCAUCUUGACUGUUUGUUUUGAUUUUGGUUUUCUCUUUUUUUUAAUUCUAAUUAUGUUAAAAAUGAUGUUGCCCAAUUUAAUUAAGAAAGAGAUUAGAAAAAAUGUCUUCUCUUUACCGUUUUCUUGGAGUUUACAAGAAAAAUUGUUCAGAGGGUUAAAAGAUGAUGUUACAUGUUCAUCUGAAAACAAAAUGGCAACAAUUAAAAAUGAUCAAGGAAUUGAAUCAAAUCCUUUCUAUGGGAAAUAUUCCGAGCAAAUUAAGAAAGCUGUUGAUAAAGAAGGAAUCAGAAUAGCUGAGAAAAUAGAAGAGAAUUUGAAAGAGAUUAAAUCUUUAAACACUAUACCGGAAUCACAGAGAAUCAAGACCAAGGUGAAGAAGACUGAAGACUCGAAAGAAUCUGGACCUAAGAUCGGUGGAUUCCCUGGAAAUCGAACCUUAAAAGAUUUGGUUAAUAUCGAGAUGUUAUUAAAGUUAGACUCUGAUGGGAUUAGUCAAGUUUGGAGUGAAUAUCAUAAAGUUAAAUCUCAAUGUAUCUUUGCUGUAAUUCCUGGUGAAAAAUACAAGAUAAUCUAUGAACAGGGUCGCAAAUAUCCGACCUUCAUCUUUCCCGUUCCCAAAACGGAAACAAUCAAUUGUGGAGACUCACAAACGGACUCAAGUGGCUAUCAAAUCUUCUUGGGACAAUUUAAUUACCAUCAGAUUCACUUUACAUCACUGAUUUCUUACCAUGCACACCAAGAAAACGCUCCAGUUGCAAUGACUUUAAGACAUUAUCCCGAAAUCAGCGAGGAAAAAGGAAUCGUUCUGAUGGAAGGUUAUUAUGAUGAUAAGAUUCUAAAUUCGAUAGAAGCUCAAUGUUUAGCUAACCAGGUUCAAAUUUUUUACGGCGCUAACGAUUUAACCAAAAAUCUUCUUCUCCAUAAAUUCAACAAAGAUCCUUCAACAUUUGAUUACAACGAAGUCAUCGAUCAAUUUGAAAAGGGAUUAUUAUGACAGCAGAAGACAAUUUAAUCGUGAUUAUCAUUUCGCAUGAAAUUGAAUUGUACAAACAAAAACUCUCAAUUACAAUUUAAUCAAUUGACUUGAUUUUCUUGUAAAUGAAAUCAAAAUGUUAUAACAAUAGAUAUAAAAUGAUCCAUUGUUUGUUAA